AUGGGUGGAGCCAUUAGAGUUAAAUAAAGUGGAAUUAAUGAUUAUAGUAAAACAUCUAAUACUAUGCUUUAAAAUUAUGCAACUUUAUUUGGUGAUGAUGUAGCAGAAUAUCCUAGUCAUUUAGGUAUAUUAAUUAAUGGAAAAUUAUAGCAUUCUAGUUAUAUUAAUGAUAAGAUAGAAUGGCUUCAUUAUCCAUUGGUUAUUAAGAGUGGUUAAGAAAUGUCAGCAUUUGAAAAUCAAUCUGUUUUAUUAGUAUUUCUUAAUCAGAAUAAUGAAGUUAUGAAAUAUUAAUUUGAAUCCUAAUCAAACAUGACUACUAAUCUUACAAAUACUAUUUAAGGAGAAUCACUGAGAAUCUUUAAUUUAGAUUAACAAGGCUUCUCUUAUUCUAAUUUACAGAUAUUAUUUGAUCCAUAUUAAAAUGUUACAUUAGAUAUUCAACUUAAUAGUUCACUAGUUAAUAUACCUCGAUAUUAUCAUCAAUAUCCUUUUUAACUCUUAGGAUUUGAUACAGAUUAUAUUUUAUAAGCUAGAAUUAGAUCAGUUGAAUGUGAUCGUGGUGAAGCAUAUAAUCCAUAAUUAGGGUCAUGUACUCCAUGUCCUACAGGAUAAUAUGUACUUGUUUAUAAAGGUAUUUGUAAAUAAAUUGAUGAUACUGCUAUGAAUUAUACCAGAAUGAAUCUUAUAAGUAUCAAAAAUUAAUUUUGGAGGCCAGAUCAUUUAAAUGAUUUACCUGAAAAGUGCAAAAAUAAACCUGUCAAUUGUUUUGGUGGAUUUAAUGUUGGAAAUGAUUUGUGUUAUGAAGGUAUGAUAGGAGCAUUAUGUGAAGAAUGUGAUAUUUAUGGUACUUUUUGGGAAACUAAAUAUAGUAAUUCAGCUAAAUAUUAAUGUGGUACAUGUUAGGAUAGAACUAGAAAUAUUAUUAUGAUUGUAAUUUUAAGUAUUGUUACUUUACAUUCAACCAUCUCUGCUGUUAAGGCAAAUUAAGAAAGAAUGGAAAACUGUAUUCUUUAUGAUAUUUUUGCUCUCCUUGGUUGGGCUUCAUCUUAAAAAGCUAGUGGAAAUGUAGCUGUUUUGAUGAAAAUAUUUAAUAAUCAUAAUUAAAUUUUAUCUAUAUUGAGUGGAUUUUAAAUAGCAAUACCAAAUGAAGCUGUAGAUUCAGUUGAUACUGUAAGUAUGCCUGCUAAAACAAUUGGUAAUUCACUCGAUUGCUUUUUGGUUGAAGAUACUUGGGGAAUUGAUCUUAUAUACUUCCGUAUUAUUUGGUCCUUAAUUAUGUAAGCCAUUUACAUUAUUAUGAUGCUUAUCAUAAUUUUUGCAAGUGUAGCAGCUGGUAAAAUGUAAUUCAAAAUCUAAUACAUAUAUACAAUGGCCAUUUAUCUAUUUGUUUUUCUAUAACCUAAUUAUGUCAUGGAAUUCAUGACGUUGAUUUCAAGUAGAGUAAUUUCAGGCAAUUAAUAUAUUAUGGCUAAUGUAUCAUAUAGAUAUGACACAUUUAAACAUGAUUAAUGGAUUGCAGGAUUUGGAGUUCCUGGAUUACUCUUAUGGGUUCUUAUAAUACCUCUCAUCUUUUGGUAUGUUUGUUAUUAAGGAGCUUAAUAAAUGAAAUUGAAUUCUUUUAGGUUCAGUCAAUCAUGGGGUUUCUUUUAUCAUGAAUACAGAAGAAAUAGAUAUUAUUGGGAAUUCCUUAAAAUAUUUUAUAGAUCUUUAAUUAGCGUUCUUAUUUGCUACUUUUAAGAAGAAAUCACUGUUAAAGUAUAUUUUAUUCAUAUAUAUAGGGUAUUCUAUCAUUUCUUGUUGUCUAUGCUUAUUAUGGACUUGCUACUCAUUUUAAUCCAUACAAUUUAAGAGUAAUCAAUGAUCUAGAUUAAUUAUCGACUGUUGUAUUAUCUUUAUCCCUAGUUAUCGGAGUAUUUCUUUAUAGAACUAUUGAAAUCAACUUUUAUGGUCUUACUUAUGCAGGAUAUGUUAUUAUUGCACUUUUAAAUGCUGUUUUCCUACUUCUAUUUUUUUAUAAUCUUUUUAAAGGAAAACUUUAAGAAUUUGGACCAAAACUUGAUGAACUUAGAGAAAAAAUUAAAGAAAAAUAACCACAUCUUGAAAAUAAUCCUCGUCUUAGACCAUAUUUAGUAAAUUAAACUAAACUUAAUCAAAAAGCCAGAUUUGAAUGGACUGUCUUGAGUAAAAUUGUUAAUUUUGGAAUCUAAUAAUGGAGAUUAGAUAAAACAAAGCCAUUAUAAUUCUUUAGAUAGUAAUUUUAUUAAUAUAAAUUUUAGUGUUGAACGUACAAAGAGUGAAUAUAACAACAAAAUAAACUAGAUACAUUAAGAGUUUGGUUCUGAAGGAGAUGAAUAGAGUUUAUUAUAUGGUGAUGGAUAAAAUUCAAUUUAAAUGUCUUAAGAGAAACUUUAAGAUGAAGGAAAGGAGGAUUAUAAAUAUCAUUGA